AUGAAUUACAAUGGUUUAUGUAUUGAAUAUGCUGAUGUUACUAUUCCUUUUGAGUUGAAAUCCGGUUUAAUACACUUGUUGCCAAGGUUUAGUGGUCUUGCAUGUGAGGAUCCGUAUAAGCAUCUUAAGGAAUUUCAGGGUGCUGCCAAGGAUUGGUUAUAUUAUCUUGAGUCGAAUUCUAUCACAACUUGGAAUGAUUUGAAGAGAGUCUUCCUAGAGAGAUACUUUCCUGCCUCCAGGGUUGCAUCAAUUCGAAAAGAAAUAUGUCGUAUUAGACAGGGAAAUGAGUCAUUGGCUGAGUAUUGGGAGAGAUUCAAACAAUUAGUAUCCAACUGUCCUCAACAUCAAAUUACCGAACAACUACUUAUUCAAUAUUUCUAUGAGGGAUUGUUACCAAUGGAUAGAAACAUUCUUGAUGUUGCUAGUGGUGGAGCACUUGUCGAUAAAACUCUAGUUACUGCUAAAGCCCUGAUUGAGAACAUGUCACUCAACUCCCAACAAUUCACAACCAUAAAUAAUUCUAUGGUCCAAACAAAAGGUGUGAAUGACAUUCCAGUUUCCUCUUCCAACAAGGCUUUAGAAACCAGAAUUGAAGAGCUUACUUCUUUAGUGAAACAAAUGGCAGUGAGUAAACCUCAAACAGCAAAGUUGUAUGGUAUUUGUACUUCUACUGAACAUCCUACUGACACAUGUCCUAUUCUUCAAGAUGAUUCAGUCACUCAGUUGCCUCAAGCAUAUGCAACUAACUUUUUCAACCAAAGCAACAAUCAGAGAGGGUACAACAUUCCUGACUUAUCCACCAACAAAUAUCAUCCCAAUUGGAGGAACCAUCCAAACAUUGGAUAUGGAAACCAGCAGCCCACCCAACAACAAUUAGUCAUACCCCUGCCAAAACCACAGACCACUCCCCAAGUCUCCACCUAUGCACCUUCCGGACCUUCAUUGGAGGAUCUUGUCAAACAAAUGGUUGUUAACAAUCUCCAAUUUCAGCAACGAACAGAUUCCAAAAUUGAACCCUCUGUUGUGGUAGAAACUAAAAAAGAAAAAGAGAAGGAGUAUGUGCCACCAGUUCCCUUCCCACAUAGAAUACUGAAAAAUAAAAGGACUGGUGAUGGAGACAAGGAGAGAGAGAUUUUAGAUGUGUUCAGAAAAGUGGCAGUAAACAUUCCGCUUCUUGAUGUUAUUAAGCAGGUUCCAAAGUAUGCAAAAUUUCUAAAAGACUUGUGCACAAGUAAGAAAAGGUUGAAGGGCAAUGAGAGAGUAAAUUUGGGACGAAACAUUUCAGUCCUUAUCCAGCCUAAACAUUCACCUGAAAAAGCUACUGUUUCAUCCCUCAAUCAGGCCAUACCCCAAAAGUGCAAGGACCCAGGAACUUUUGCUAUUCCAUGUACCGUUGAGGAUAGUUUAAUCAUUCAACUAGAGAACAGAAGUAAUGCUCGCCCUAUUGGAGUAGUGGAAGAUGUGCUUGUUCAAGUUAAUGACUUGAUAUUUCCUGCAGAUUUCUACAUUCUGGACAUAAAUUGGAUGAGUGCAAAACUUUUGAACUUGAAAAGCAAUGGGUAUGCAACAAAAUUUGGAUUUGUUCUUCUUCAAGACUAUCAGUGA